AAUGAGCAACUGGCUGCUGGAUCUUUCCCAAGCUCUCUGUUUUUCACUUUUUUACUGUGGAUAUAGCUCUCAAAAAUAUUAAGAUUUCUAGCAUUCAGGGACAGAUGGAUGAGACAUGUACAUUACCUGCUGGAACAGCUAAUGAUGUUUACCUGAAACCACUGCAGCAGCUUUAAAUGCAUUUCUCCAAGUUUACUCUUCAAAUUUCUUGGACUGAAAUUUUCUAACUUCAGGCUCAUCUUAGAAGCUACGGGAAGUAUGGACUCCUCCUUCUAAUCCAGUUUUUCUUUCACUUGCUCAGCUGUCACUCUGUCACUGUCAUGAUAUCUCAUUCCCUCUUUCUAAGGUUUCAUAAUGCCUUGGGAUCUCUGCGAGGUCUCGCUCUCAUUCAGAAGCUAGGCUGAAUUUCAUCCCUCUGUUUAAAGAAUAAAGGGCAAUGAAAGCAGUGUCAGGAUGAGUUAGUAGUACAUGUUUGUGGAGAGAAUGGGAGCUCAGUCAUACAGAACUUGGAAAUAAACUUAGCCUUCGCUGUGAGUUGUGCAACUUUUGUUGUUAGGGUUUUAUGUUUGAAUGUAUUGAUCACAAUCAUGGGAAAUGCAGCUGGAAGUGCUGAUAUUUCUCAAGGAAGGGAUCUUAAGGAGACCACAAUAACCAGCCCGGAGUGCGCUGGGCCCCAGAAGCAAACGGCAGGGCUGAAGCUUCCGAUGCCACCUGAGAACGAGUUAGAGGAACGCUUCAACGCUGCACUGGACACGAUGAAUCUUCCUCCAGACAAAGUGCAGAUCCUCUCCCAAUACGACAAUGAGAAGAAGUGGGACUUGAUUUGUGAUCAGGAGCGGUUUCAAGUCAAGAAUCCUCCAUCUGCUUAUUUGGAGAAGCUGAAAAGUUGUUUGGAUCAUGGAGGAGUCGGUUGGAAGUUUAAGAGACGUGUUCAAGAACUGACUCAGGUCCUCAGAGAGCUGGAGAUUUCCCUGAGGACCAAUCACAUAGGUUGGGCUCAGGAAUUUCUAAAUGAGGAGAAUCAGGGUUUGAACGUGUUGGUGAAGUAUCUCUCCGCAGCUCAAAGUGCUGUUAUGUCAGACACAGAGACGUCUGAAAACGGGGCACUGCCCUCAGAUAAAGGGAAGGCUGCAGACAAGUCAAUGGAAGACCUGGGCAGAAACCCGAAUGAAUCCCCAACCAACCACGGCACGAAGCUCACUAAAGGGUUCACGAUCAAGAGAGCUCAGAGGCCUUCACGGAUCAUAACUCAGAAGGACGACAUUCAUCUCUGCAUCAUGUGUCUACGUGCCAUCAUGAACUACCAGUCAGGGUUCAACCAGGUGAUGGAGCACCCAAGCUGUGUCAACGAGAUCACUCUCAGCCUCAACAACAGGAACCCCAGGACCAAAGCCCUGGUGCUGGAGCUGCUGGCAGCUGUAUGUUUGGUGAGAGGAGGCCAUGACAUCAUCCUGUCCGCCUUUGACAACUUCAAAGAGGUGUGUGGAGAGAAAAGGCGCUUUGAGAAGCUAAUGGAAUAUUUUCAGAAAGAAGAAAGCAACAUUGACUUUAUGGUGGCCUGCAUGCAGUUCAUCAACAUUGUGGUUCAUUCAGUGGAAAACCUGAACUUCAGGGUCUACCUUCAGUUCGAAUUUACCCAACAUGGCCUGGAUCACUACUUGGAGCAGUUGAAGUUUACAGAGAGCGACAGGCUGCUGGUCCAGAUCCAGGCCUAUCUGGAUAACGUGUUUGAUGUGGCAGCUUUGUUGGAGGAUGCAGAGACCAAGACCACCCUGCUGGAUCACAUAGACCAGCUGCAGGAGCUCAACACACAGCUGAGCUCCAAGUUUCAGGAAACUGAGAUGGGGGCAAUGCAGAAAGUCUCCGAGCUGGAGAAGAAGCUCAUUCAGACCUGCAAAGAGGUGGACCCCUUAAAGACUCAGAAAGUUUCAACUCAUUUAAUGCUACUCAUUUUGGAUCAGCACCCAGAUCAAGCAGGAGACAGAUAUAAAUCCUCUGAAGAGCUGAAGGAGCUGCAGCUGAGGGUUCAGGCUCUGGUGGAGCAGGGCCUCCUUCAAAUGGACCGUGCCGCCUCUGGUGAGCUGGUCCUUCAGGUGGUCCAGCAGGAGUCACAAAGAGACACUGUCAGUGAUCAAAUAGAUGGUACUUCCACCUCCCCACAAUCUCCAAUCACAGCACCACCGAAGUUUCAACCUCCUCCUCCUCCUCCUCCCCCACCACCACCUCCUGGAGGCGCUGUGGCACAGCAGGCAGUAGGGGGCUCAGACAAACAGAAGAAGCCCAUUCAAACCAAAUAUCGCAUGCCGCUAUUCAACUGGGACGCAAUGAAAUUAGACCAGGUGGAGGGAACCAUCUUCAGCGAGCUGGACGAUCAACAUGUAUUGCAGGAGCUGGACAUGGAAGCUUUCGAGGAACAGUUUAAGACCAAAGCUCAGGCUCCUCCAGUAGAUCUGGGUACCCUGAAGAAGAAAAAGGCUCAGAAGACUCCCAGUAGAGUGUCUCUAAUGGAGCCCAACAGGGCCAAAAACCUGGCCAUCACUCUGCGCAAGAAAUGUGUGGCUACUUCAGACAUCUGCAGCGCCAUUGAGACGUACGACCAGCAAGCUUUGAGUCUGGACUUCCUGGAGCUGCUGGAGCGUUUCAUCCCCACAGAGUACGAAAUGAAGCUCAUCCAAACCUAUGAGAGCGAAGGUCGGUCGCUGAACGAGCUCAGUGAAGAGGAUCGCUUCAUGGCACGCUUUGGCAAGAUCCCAAGGCUUUCCCAGAGGAUCAGCACGCUGACCUUCAUGGGCAACUUCACAGAAAGCAUCCAGAACAUCCAGCCUCAGCUGGACGCCAUUAUUGCAGCCUCGAUGUUUGUCAGAUCAUCCUUAAAGCUGAAGAAAAUCUUUGAGAUCAUUUUGGCGUUUGGAAACUACAUGAACAGCAGCAGGCGAGGGCCAGCAUACGGCUUCCAUCUGCAGAGUUUAGACUUGCUACGGGAGACUAAAUCAACAGACCGCAGACAAACGCUGUUGGACUUCAUUGUCAGGAUCAUUCAGGAAAAAUACCCGGAUCUCCAGGAUUUCUACACUGAACUGCAGUUCCUAGACAAAGCAGUACUCGUUUCCUUUGACAGCAUCCUCAGGAAUCUGAGAGCUCUGGAAAGAGGCAUGGAGCUGACCAGGAGCGAGUUUUCAGCAGAAAAAGAGAACCCUGUCCUGAAAACAUUUCUGGACGCCAAGGCUCCGGUUCUUGACUCUCUGACAGCCGAAGAAAAGACUGCCCAGGAUACAUAUGAGUCGGUCGUGGAGUACUUUGGAGAAGAUCCCACAAUGACUCCGCCCUCUGUGUUCUUCUCUGUUUUUAUCCGGUUCAUAAAAGCAUACAAGCAAGCUGAGCUGGACAGCAAGGACACAGAGAAACGACAACGUCCAACCUGUGACGAUCACUCAGCUCCUCCCAAACCGGAACCUCCGAGGAACAUGAUUCCUAUUAGGUGCAGACAACCUCAGAUGGAUCUGAUCGCAGAGCUGAAGAGGAAGCAGGGCUCUCCUCCGGUGAGGGAGGGGAAAGAUGGCGCCAUUGAGGACAUCAUCACAGAUUUAAGGAAUCAGCCAUACAGACGGACAGAUGGUUCCCGUCACAGUUCCAGGGGGAGGCCAGCCCAACAGCUUCAAGUAUCUUCAGACAUCUCCCUCUGAAUUCUGGAUCUAUGAGAAGAAGGUGUUUAACAGUGAAGGAAACUUUUCGUCCUGUUCUCAUGUCAUAGUGGAAACAAACAAAAAAAAUCGCAGCUGCAGCUCUGGAGCGUUCUCCUGAUCCUCACAGUGACAGUGGCAGCAGAAAUGUUGCCUGCCUUAUAUAAUCAAAUGCAGAAGCUUGAUGUUGAUACUGGAUGCCGUCCGAGCUCAUCAGGACAAUUUACAGGGCAAGCAGCACAACUGAGAUCAAACACAAAAAUGUCUUCUAUGACUCAGAUAUAUCAGAACCAGAAUCAUAAAGGAAGAACUUGACAAAGAGUCCACUCAGGAAUGUGUUUUAGUUGUAAUUGUCGCUGCUGUUCUUUGCAUUUCUCUCUUUGGUAGUUUUCAUAUAUUAUACUAAGGAUUUUAUUAAAUUAUUUUAAUAUGGAAUUUAUGCUUCCCUGUAGUAUUUGAACAAAUAAAGUAUUUUAUACUCCU